CGCCCUGGGCGCGCGUCCGGCACACAGUAGGCGCGCGGCCCGGCCCUCCUCACGCGGCCGGCACACAGUAGGCGCGCGCGCGGGCGGAAGGGGGCGCCGGCGCGCGGUAUCCGGGGGCGGAGCCGGCUGGUUCAGCGGCGCAGACGGACGCGGGCCGCUGGCCGCGAUGGGGGAGGGCGGAUUGCCCCCGGCCUUCCAGCUGCUGCUGCGCGCCUGCGAUCAGGGCGACACGGAGACGGCGCGGCGGCUGCUGGAACCGGGGACUGCGGAACCCGCGGAGCGCGGCGCGGAGCCCGAGGCGGGCGCGGAGCCGGCGGGGCCCGAGGCGUCCGGGCCCGGGGCGGGGUCGGCGUCCGGAGCGCCGGUGCCCGUAGAUUGCUCUGACGAGGCGGGCAACACGGCGCUGCAGUUCGCCGCGGCCGGGGGCCAUGAGCAGCUGGUGCGGUUCCUGCUGCGACGCGGCGCCUCGGUCAACAGCCGCAACCACUACGGCUGGAGCGCGCUCAUGCAGGCGGCCAGAUUUGGACAUGUGAGCGUGGCACACCUCCUUUUGGAUCACGGGGCUGAUGUCAAUGCCCAGAACCGGCUGGGGGCCAGUGUGCUCACCGUGGCCUCUCGGGGUGGCCACCUGGGCGUGGUGAAGCUGCUCCUGGAAGCCGGUGCCUUUGUGGACCAUCACAAACCCUCAGGCGAGCAGGCGGGGGACGGCAGGGACGAGCUCCUGGACGUCACGGCCCUGAUGGCUGCAAUCCAGCACGGACAUGAGGCUGUGGUACGUCUGCUGAUGGAGUGGGGUGCAGACCCCAACCACGCGGCCCGCACUGUGGGCUGGAGCCCGCUGAUGCUGUCAGCACUCCUCGGGAGGCUUGGCACGGCCCAGCAGCUGGUGGAGAAGGGGGCCAACCCGGACCACCUCAGCGUGCUGGAGAAGACCGCCUUCGAGGUCGCACUUGACCGCAAGUACAGGGACCUUGCAGACUACCUGGACCCGCUGACCACUGUCAGACCCAAGACAGAUGAGGAGAAAAGGCGACCUGAUAUUUUCCAUGCAUUGAAAAUGGGAAACUUCCAGCUGGUCAAAGAGAUUGCCGAUGAAGACCCCAACCACGUGAACCUGGUUAAUGGGGAUGGGGCGACCCCACUGAUGCUGGCAGCUGUCAUGGGGCAGCUGCCUCUGGUGCAGCUACUGGUUGAGAGGCAUGCUGACGUGGACAAGCAGGACGGCGUGCAUGGCUGGACGGCCCUCAUGCAGGCCACCUACCACGGGAACAAGGAGAUUGUCAAAUAUCUGCUAAACCAAGGAGCUGAUGUCACUCUUCGUGCAAAAAACGGGUACACGGCCUUUGACCUAGUGAUGCUGCUGAGUGAUCCUGACACGGAACUUGUUCGACUGCUGGCAUCUGUCUGCAUGCAGGUGAAUAAAGACAAAGGCCGGCCCAGCCACUCACCACCCCCGCCCCACUCGAAGGUCCGACAGCCCUGGAGUGUCCCAGUGCUGCCUGAUGACAAAGGCGGACUUAAGUCCUGGUGGAACCGAAUGUCCAAUCGGUUCCGGAAGCUCAAACUGAUGCAGACACUGCCCCGUGGGCUGUCCAGCAACCAGCCAUUGCCUUUCUGUGAUGAGCCAGAGCCAGCACUGGACUCCACAAUGAGGGCGCCCCCCCCAGACAAGACGAGCCGCUCUGGGCUCCCCGACGUGACCCCCACGACCAAAGACAAUGGUCCUGGGAGCACAAGAGGAGAAAAGGAAGAUGUGUUAUUGACAACCAUGCUUCGGAAUGGAGCCCCCUUCACCAGACUCCCAAGCGACAAGCUGAAGGCAGUCAUCCCCCCUUUCUUACCCCAUUCCAGCUUUGAGCUGUGGAGCUCGGAUCGGUCCCGGACAUGUCACAACGGGAAGGCAGACCCCAUGAAGACUGUGCGGCCCCAGAGAGCCAGCAGGGGGCAACCUGUGGGCGGCGGGAGCACAGACACCACUCCCGUCAGGCCAGUUAAAUUUCCAUCUCUCUCCAGAAGCCCAGCCUCUCCUGCCAAUUCUGGAAACUUCAACCACUCACCUCAUUCUUCUGGUGGCUCCAGUGGGGUAGGAGGCAUGAGCAGGCACGGUGGGGAGCUACACAACCGCUCAGGUGGAAGCAUAGACAGUGUUCUGUCCCAGAUCGCUGCCCAGAGGAAAAAAGCAGCCGGAUUAUCUGAGCAGAAGCCCAGCCAUCGGUCAAGUCCUGUUGGGCCAGCGCCUGGCUCCAGCCCGUCUGAGCUCCUGGUCUCCUCUGCAGGCGGCAGUGUUCCUGGUGGCAAGCAGAAACUGGAGACGAGCAAAAGGCCUCCGUCUGGAACUUCCACUACCUCCAAAAGCACCUCCCCCACGCUCACGCCUUCACCUUCUCCCAAAGCGCAGGCAGCCGAGUCCUCCGUGUCCUCCUCCUCAUCCCACCGGCAGUCCAAGAGCAGCGGGGGCUCCAGCAGUGGCACCAUCACUGAUGAGGAUGAACUGACUGGAAUCCUUAAGAAAUUAUCACUUGAGAAAUAUCAGCCCAUUUUUGAGGAGCAAGAGGUGGAUAUGGAAGCGUUCCUCACGCUCACCGAUGGCGACCUGAAGGAGCUGGGUAUUAAGACAGACGGGUCCAGGCAGCAGAUUUUGGCAGCGAUUUCUGAACUGAACGCAGGCAAGGGACGCGAGAGACAAAUUUUACAGGAAACCAUUCACAACUUCCACUCUUCCUUCGAGAGCAGCGCCAGCAACACCAGGGCCCCUGGAAACAAUCCCUGUACGUGACCUUCCUUCCUGUGGUGACCAGCGUGAGCUUGCUGAAUCUCAGUACCCCCUUCACGUGGCCGGUGCUCCAGCCACCAUCAGACCUUCCCCAUUCCCUGAAACACACUAUGUUUUUGUCACACCGCUGUGCCUUAGUCCUUCUGCCUGGAACACCUGUCUUCCCUUCCCUUCUGUAGUAGUUGGUGAUGCUUGUUGCUAUAACAAACUCCAACACUGUAGAGACUUACUCUCCCAUACAAUCCAGUAUGGCUGCAUCCGCUCGGCAGAAGCACACGGUGAUUCAGGGACCCAGCUCCUUUCAUCUGUGGCUCUGCCAUUCCUGGGGCCUCAGAGGCUUUGUUUCUGGCUGGCAGAGGGGAAGGGGAUGGUGAAGAAGGCACAGCCAUUUCUUUACUGCUUUGCUCUUAACUGCUCACGUUCCAUCGGCCACUCAUAGUCACGUGGCCCCACGUGUAGUCGUUGUUCAGGUAGUGGCUUCACAGCAACAGCUCUGUACUUAGAUGGGGGAGCACAUAUUUUGGCAGAAGGUUAGCCACUCUUCCACAUCUUCCCUUAGAACUUCUAACUUCUCCCUAAUGGUCCAAGUCACCUAUCAAAUGAAGCCUUUCUCAACUCCCUUACACAGAACUAACUCCUCCAGCCUCUGGGGCCCUUACUGCUCCGUGUGAUAACUCUGCUCUAGCACUUCACUGCACCUGCUGCAGACAGUGUACAACAGCUGUUCAGGAUGUAUGUGUUGAAUGCGUACUUCUUUCUUACAAAGGCAGCCUUUUAUGUAGGAAAAAUGGCGAGGCCCAAGGUGUGAUCUUGAGGGAUCCCUUUUCCUUCCUGGCCUUCAGUUUCCUUGUCUGUCAUCAGGCAAGACAAUGCUCUGAUAUUCCACGCUGCUCACCCCAUAUCACAGUAGGGCUUUUCCACUUUGAGUGGGAGCAGAAGACCCUGAUACAUUACAUUGUAGAAGGACUUGGAUACUCACAUUUUCUAGGCAAAGAAGUGAAGAAUUUAGAAUUUCUUCUAAGGCUACAUUCCUCAGAAGGGAAUCAGCCUGUGUAGUUUUCUACCGUGUCAUAUUCUAUGAAAAGGACUCUGACUUUUGAGUCCAGUAGGUUUCUGAAAUGUCUUCAAGUGCGUAAUUCAUUCGACCAGCACCGCUGGGUGCUGGGGGUGCAGAAAUGAGUCAGAGCCAGUCCCCACCCUUGAGGACCUGGACAGCAAGAGAAGAAAGGAAUGGUGGUCCCAGCCUCGAGGGGCAGCACGGAAGAGUGGAGAAAGCGUGUGCUCUGGACUCAGGCUCAGGGUUCUGGUUCAGCCCUGCAGCUAGCCAGCUGUGUGGCCAGGGACGGGUAAGUUGGUGCUUAGAGCCAGCGUGCGUCAAGCACUUGGUCCGUGGGACAUGCGCAAUGGAUAGCAGCCUUUGCAGAGUUCUCAUCUUUACCGUGAGCUCUGCCUGGCCGCAUGCUGGUCUCCUUGGGAGAUGUGGCCUCUCAUCUCUCCCUCCCCCGGCCGUGAGUGCCCAUUCACCCUCUGCUGGCUUCUAGAGGGAGUCCUGACCAUGUUGCCUGGAGCCUCAUCGUGUUCUCCCUCUGUCCGUUGAUCCAGCGGAUGCUGUUCCUCCUUCAUCCUCCCAUCGUCCCACCCAUAAAAGCCAGCUUCCCACAUGACUGGAGAGAAGAGGUUUUGUUUUAGCCAUCACUGACAGACACCUUUAUAAAUGUUCCUCGCAUCCCAACCUUUUUUAAGGAGACACAGUCAUUGAGCACCUACUGUGUGCAGCAGCUGGAACCCAGUGUCAUCUGUCCUCACCAGAAGCCUGGAGGCUGGCAUGGUUUAACCUCAUCCUGCACGCUGGGGAAACAGACACGGAGGACUGGAGCUGCAUGCCAGUUCCCCAGCCCGGAAGGAGUAGAGCUGGCUGAGAACCGGAUCUAGUGGGCUCUGAGCCCAUGCUUUUGCCACCAAUUCCUAUAGACUCCCGGGGCUAGAGGCACCAGGGAUUCUCGCUGUUUUAAUGUACUCAUAUCUUCAGAGAC